UUGCAAUGGGAAGCGGAGGCGGCCGGGCUGAGAGCCGUAAAGUUACGCUGGCUAUUCGGGGAUUGAGUUGUGCUUCACGUUUAGCAAUUUUCAGUUUUAUCUGUGGCUGACAUACGCGGAAUAUGUCAGUGCGAAGAUCAGCAGUAAGCAGUAGCGAAUUUUGACCAGAGCAGUUAUCCGGGGCGGAUUGCACUAUGCAAUUAAUCGGGCUGUAAAGUAAUGAUAGCGUAGCACCGGGCUUUACAUAUUUAUUUAUAUAAAAGAGGUGUCGCACUUGUCUUCUGGUGUUUGGGGCUGCUAGCUUUGUAUGGAGGCAUGUCGGAAUGGCUUGCACCAGGAGAACCAAAACUUUGGUGUCUACAUGCGUGAUCCUAAGCGGCAUGACCAACAUUGUCUGCUUGCUGUACGUCGGAUGGGUCACUAAUUACAUCGCCAAUGUCUACAUAAAAUUCCCAGAAGCUGCUCCGGAGAAAAAGUUGGAAGAGGACAACAAAGGCGAAACUUUGAGGAUUAUUGAGAGGCUUGACCGACUGGAAAACGUGGUCAAUCAGCAUAUUAAAGAUACUCCGCAGAAGACUGACAUUGCAGAUGAGCUGUUCUCAGACUCCUCCCUCUUUGCCCACUGGGGACAAGAUCUGAGCGCAGAGAACCGGAGGGUUGCGCUGAAGAAGUUCCAGUACUACGGCUACAAUAGUUACCUUAGCGAUCGCAUCUCUCUGGACAGGACCAUCCCAGACCUGAGGCCUGAUGGGUGCAGAAACAUUUCGUACCCCGCAGACCUCCCGCAGGUCAGCAUUGUUUUCAUUUUUGUGAACGAGGCCCUCUCGGUCAUCCUGCGCUCCAUCCACUCCGCCAUCCACACCACGCCCUCUCAUCUGCUGAAGGAGAUCAUCUUGGUGGACGACAACAGCAGCAAUGAGGAGUUGAAGGAGAAGCUGCAGGUGUUCGUGGAGGAGACGAAUGCCCAGAAGGUGGGUUUCAUCAAGGUUAUCCGUCACUCCAAGCAAGAGGGGCUCAUCCGCUCACGCGUGAGUGGGUGGAGGGCCGCCGUCGCCCCCGUCGUGGCCCUCUUCGACGCCCACGUGGAGUUUAACGUCGGAUGGGCCGAACCCAUUCUGCUGAGGAUUAAGGAGGACAGAACUCGGAUCAUUUCCCCUUCGUUUGACAACAUCAAGUACGACACCUUCGAGAUUGAGGAAUACCCACUGUCUGCACAAGGGUUUGACUGGGAGUUAUGGUGUCGCUACCUGAACCCACCCAAGUCAUGGUGGAACUUGGCUAACAAUACCGCUCCAAUCAGGAGCCCAGCCCUGAUUGGCUGCUUUGUGGUGGACAGGCAGUACUUUGAGGAAAUCGGCCUCCUCGAUGAAGGAAUGGAGGUUUACGGGGGUGAGAAUGUGGAGCUGGGCAUCAGGGUGUGGCAAUGCGGAGGCAGUGUGGAGGUUUUGCCUUGUGCCCGAAUCGCACAUAUCGAACGAGCCCACAAGCCCUACACAGAGGACCUGACUGCCCACGUGCGCAGGAACGCCCUCCGAGUGGCUGAGGUCUGGAUGGAUGAGUUUAAGAGCCACGUCUACAUGGCCUGGAACAUUCCACAAGAAGACUCCGGAAUUGACAUUGGUGAUGUCUCUGAGCGGAAGGCCCUUAGGAAGAAACUGCGAUGCAAAACCUUUCGGUGGUAUUUGGUGAACAUCUACUCUGAGAUGAGAAUGUAUACAGAUACCAUCGCCUACGGAGUGCUGAAGAAUUCCCUGAAGACUGAUUUGUGCCUGGACCAGGGGCCUGAGACUGACAAUGUUCCGAUUCUUUACAUCUGUCAUGGGAUGACACCUCAGAAUGUGUAUUACACCAGCACUCAGCAGCUACACAUCGGCGUCCUGAGCCCAACCAUCGACGACGACGACAACAAGUGCCUGGUUGACGUCAACAGCAGGCCGCGGCUCAUCGAAUGCAGCUAUGCCAAGGCCAAGCGAAUGAAACUGUACUGGCUCUUUACUCAGGGAGGAUCAAUCCAGAACAGGAAAUCCAAGCGAUGCCUCGAGCUUGUGGAAAGCAGCGUCGGCGAGUUUGGAUACCAGCUGGCCCUCCAGAAGUGCAAUGGUCAGACAUGGACAAUCAGCAAUCUGCUCUCUGCCAGCUCUUUCUAAUGGAAUAUGAAUUGUCUGUCCAUUUUCAGCACAGGACCUGACGUGGCCAUAGAGGACAGACUUUUGAAUUCUGCCCUUUUGUGUUUCCAUGGCAAUAGUUGAGAACGGCGCCACACCAUAGAAAACACUUCAAGCACUUUGAUUUUUUUCUCCUGUUUCCUCAGCGGCAUCAUGCAGUUAAUGGUAAACACUUAAAAAGGUGUUUCAGCCGGUGAGUCGGCUACGGUUUGUUAAACUCACCCUCUGAAACCAACAUUUUUUUAAUAUAUAUUUUGAUUAAGGCAUCCUCAGUUUGAUUUGAGUUUUACCAGAUCCAAUACACUCAUUUAACAUUUUUGCUACUGUGUAGCGUGCAUUUGAAGUGUAUUCUGCUGGUUGUCCCUCUGGUGUCUCAGGUUUGUAGGUCUUGCUCAUAAUGAAAUGACGCACAGUUCUGAGGAGAUGCAUACGUGCUGGAAAAUGAUAGACUGAAGAUUCAAACUAUUUUCUAAAUAUUAUGAAUAUUUAUAUCUAAUAGUAAACAUAA